AUGAUACAUUUGCAUUACUUGCCUCAUUUGCAGCACUCGCAACAUUCGCAACAUUCACAACACUCGCAACACUCCCAACACUCGCAACAUUCGCAACACUCGCAACAUUUGCAACAUUUGCAACUAGUCUUGGUGUGCAUUCUUAUAGUCCUACUUAGCAACAAUCAAAAUGGUAUUAAAAACGUAGAUGCAAGAAACUAUAACCCCGAUUUUUCCACAGAUUUGAGGACAAGUGGAGGAAAACAAAAAGGAAAUAAAUUAAAAUGGGAAAAUAAAAAACCUUUGUUUCUGUUUUUUCCAAGCCGAAACCAAUGGAAAAAUCUUUCCCCAAAAAAAAUAAUAUUAGAAGAGUGGAAAGAAAGGCUAAAAGAAAAAAAGAACUUGGAAGGAAUGACAAGAAAAAAAGAAAAAAGAAUUUAUUUCGAAAGGAACGGAAUAAAUAUCCCACAAGAUGUAGCCAUGUUUGGAAACACGAAUGUGUACUAUGUGAGGGAGAGUAUUUACGAUCGAGAUAAAAAUAAUUUAGUGCCGAAUGAAGUGCACUCUGAAGAAAUUGAAGAAUUAGAUGAGGAGAAUUUGGAAAAUAAAAGUAUGAAGAUGCAUGUCAAUUCCAAAAGUGAGGUCACAACAUGUGAAGGAGGUGAAGGGAACGCUUUGCAAAUCACAGAACCAGUUUUGAUGCAAAGCGAUGGGAGAAAGGUAGACGAAAUUAAAACAUCCUCGGAGGAAUGGGAAAACACGAAGGGUGCUCAAGGAGGAAAAGCUGCGCACACCCAAAUGAGGGAAAAUCCAAAUGGAGAGAUGCAAAGUGGACAAAACCAAAGUGAACAAAACGUAUUCAAGUACAUAAACAUCGAAAGGGAUUACAUAUCUCAGGUGGGAAAUUCACCGAAAGUAGAUGUGUACGAAAGGAGGUACCGAGCAGAUGAGAAAAAACUAGAACAAAUUUUUGAAAACAUAAAUGAAGUGAAUGUACAAUUGUUAAAGGACAUAAAAAGUAUAGACGAUAAAGAAAGGCUUAUAAACAAAAAGGUGAUAGAAAAAGUGAGAGAAGAUAUUAAAAGGUUCCAAGAAAAGGACGAAAUUAUUGAUAUGAAAGGAAAUAUUAUUAACCCCUCUACGACUGAUUCUUCCAUCAGUAGUACUAAAGGAAAACAAAAAACGAAGGAGGAAGCAAAACAAAAAAAUGAUUUCAACGCAGAUAUGGAUGAAGAGGAAAAAAAUGAAGUCAUAAAGAAGCUAUAUAUGAUUGAUAAAAAAACAGAUAAAUAUUUAGAAGAAAACAUUUAUUUUGUUAUUCAGACAUGGCUUCCUGACAUGAGAAUUGAUGAUACACUUAUCAUAAUUGACAAUGUAGAAAAACUUUAUAACGAUUUUGACAUAAAAAAAUAUCACGAAAAAUUUGAGGAAUCAAAGAAUAAAAAUUUUUCAUACGAUUUAUCUUCAUAUGAAAUUGAAAACAUCCCAAAAAAUAUUAAUGACGACGUUGAAAUAGAAUGUGAACAUAUCAAUUCGUAUAACAACACAUACAAUAAAUUAAAUAAUUAUAAUUUAAAAAAAUAUACUUAUACAUAUACAACGAACGAAAAUAUGGAUACAAAAAUUAAGAAAAAUGAGCCCAUGCCUCCAAUGGUUAUAAUUAACACAAAAAAAAAUUUAAUGAUACAAGAAUGGGAAUGUAAAAAUUUCAAAAAUAGACAAAAGAGAAAUAAGUCUCAUGAAUAUACAAGAAUUCAAAGGGCAUUCAGACCGUUUUCUUAUAUUGACCUUAGUGACAUAACUUGCAUUUAUAAAAAUAAUUUUCUUCAAUUAAAAAUGAAAUUAUCUCAUCGAAAAUAUCAAAAUGAAAUAUACCCUUUUUUCGUUCCUAUUAAUAAAAACUCAGAUGAACUUUUGGAUUUUCACGGAUAUAAAAAAAAUGGGGAUUAUGCGUGGUCUUUUUUUUGGCAUCACUUUAAAUAUGACCCAGAGACUGAUUAUGCAUUCCUUAACAGAAAUAUAAAAUUAAAUGUGACUGAAACUAAAUUUGAGAGUGUAAACAAAAAAAAGUCGAAGAAAAUUAUGCGUAAAAUUAAGAAGGAAACAAAGGGAAAAUGA